ACAUCGUAUCACGACGCAUUGGUUGUGUAGGGAACGUAGAUCGGUAACGCUUAUAGUUUUCUUGGACUGCCAGUGAGAAGGAAACUCAGCGGGAAGGUGAUUCCUGGUUACCUGGAGUUACCUGUUGACCCUUGUAUCCCGUCACCUUCGCGCGUGGAGCACGCAUCGGUAGUACGAGCGAGCGCGCGUAUCCGUGGUUGGUGUGUUCGGGCGCGUGUAUGUGUGUGAGUCAAAAGGAAACAAUAGACGCAUCUGAGGAUUGUGGAAGUCAAACGGCUGAACAACAAUUUGGUGUUGGUUCGACUUCAGCUACUGGAUGAGAUACCUAAUUAGAUGCGGUAGUGAUUGGCAUUCGAUUGAUUAUGCUAAUUUGUGAUGAUUUAAUUUCGCUAAUUACACUGCAACUUGUUUACUGUGGCUGGUUCAGGCGUUUGUUUACAUUUUACUUCUGAAGAGAUGGUGAGCGAAACAUGCAGAAGGUGAAGUGCACUAUGUAAAAAGCGAAAUGAAGCAAUAGAAGGAAAGUGUGAAACAUAACAAAUGUUCAAACGAAGCUGAAGUCUUGUGGAAGAAAGCAAAAAACGACAGCAAGAAAAAUAAGUGAUCGCGGUUCAGUUGAAUACAGUGCUGGUGGCAUUAAAAAAUUAAAUCAACGCAAAAGUCUAGCUGACCGGAGGAAUUGUUUACUGCGGCAUCAGCUGAAAUCGAGUGCCCGUUUGACACAAAGUUGCGUUUGGCCACAACGAAAUUCAAGUGCACACUACAUUGGAGGAGAGUUACCGACAUUGAUCGACAGUAAAUAUGGUGUGAAUCGAUUGGUUUUUUUUCGGGUGAUACUGCAGGAAUUAGUAACGGGCUUUUCGCGGUCGUAAUUCGACCGAUUCACGGCAAGCCGUCAUUAUGGUGCAGUAAGCGAUCGAGAACAACGAAGGAAAAUAAACGCUCCGUUUCAGUUCGGUUCCAGUUGGUGUGUUUGUUUUUGUACGUGUGAUAAUUGAACCGGAACGUACACGUUGAGGCUGAACUUCUUAGGAUUUACCGCGGUGCGCAUAGACUGUCGAUUAGUUUCAACUGACCGAUGCAAAUUGCCAUACGAGGCUUGUCCAGCAUGGAUACCUCAAGGAUUUUCUCAAAAGUCACGAUGUCGAGGACAACGCUGCUGCCUGCUGGAAUGCUGUUUCUGUUGCUGUUGUGGGGCACCCAAUCAGUGCACGCCGACAAAACGAUGGACACCCGGGAGGGCGAGGAUGUGACGCUCAAGUGCCGCUUCAACGAGCACUACUCGGACCGGGAGUACUCCUACUAUUGGGCUCGCCAAAGUCUGAACAAGUACGACAAUGUGGCCAUCAAGGCGGACACCUUUAACCAGAACCACAAAAUCGAUUAUCGUCCCGACAAGGGCAUCUACGAUCUGCAGAUUAUGAACGUGUCCUACUCGCGUGACAAUGGCCGGUACGAGUGCCGCAUCAAGUUGGUGGGCGACGGUGAAGUCAUCUACGAAGAUUACUACAACCUGACGGUGCUGACGCCACCCCAGCCACCGUUGAUUUUUCCCGGCAGCGAAACGACCGCUACUGAGGACAAAGCUCAAGAACUGACCUGCAGCAGCGUCGGCGGUUCACCGGAUCCAAUGAUUUCCUGGUACCGUGAGGGGAGCACCACACCCCUAGCAGCCAAUCUGAUUACCGGCGGAUCCCGGGACAUGCAAACCACCAGCACCCUAACCAUCAUCCCGCGCCGCGAGGACGACGGGGCCAAGUUCAUGUGCGUCGUCUGGAAUCGCGCUCUACCCGAGGGCCAACGGCUCGAGACGGUUACGACGCUGUCGGUCAACUACUUCCCCCGCGUCGAUAUCGGACCAGAGAACCCGUUAAGUGUCGAGCGAGACCAGACAGCCAAGCUGGAGUGCAACGUGGACGCCAAGCCUAAACCUGAACGUGUUCAGUGGACACGCAACGGACGGUUCAUCUCGUCGCACACGGUCCACACGAUCCAUCGAGUUUCGCUGCAGGAUGCUGGCAAGUAUGCCUGCUCCGCUGACAACGGUCUUGGAAAAGUCGGAGAGCAGGAAAUCACCCUGAAUGUACUCUACCCACCGAUCGUUCACGUCGAAUCUAAAACAAAGGAAGCGGAGGAGAAGGAAACGAUACAGAUCAAAUGUAACGUAACAGCGAAUCCUCCACCGGUGACAAUCGAGUGGCUCAAAGAGGGUGAAAUGGGGUUCCGCCAGAUGGGCGAAACCCUAACUCUACGAGAUGUGCGAGCUGAAGAUGCGGGAACCUACAUAUGCAGGGGAAUCAACAUCAUGAAACCGUACGGUGGAAAGACCUUGGAAAGGGAGGGCAACGCUUCGAUCGCUUUGCUAGUACGGCACCGUCCAGGGCAGUCGAUGAUCACCCCAGAGAAGCCGGUAGUUCACGUCGGAAACAGCGUCAGCCUUAUGUGUAAAGCUGAUCCCCCCGGUUGGCCGCUUGCUCAGUAUCGCUGGUAUCGGGAUGUCGGAGGAGAGAUUUCCACUACCGUGAUCGCUCAGGGUGCACAGUAUUUGAUUCCAAAAGCCGAACUUCAAAGUGAGGGUAAAUAUUAUUGCCACGCUGGAAAUGAUCUCGGAAACGGUGGAAUGGCCAGCGCAACCCUGGAAGUUCAUCAACCUCCACAGUUUUUGGCCAAGCUACAAUCGAACAUGAUUCGUCGCGCAGGGGAAAAUGAUUUCACGGUUACGUGCAGUGCCAAGGGUAAACCCGAACCCACAAUAACCUGGCUGAAGGAUGACAUCGAAAUCACACCAGACUUGCAUAUGUUUGAUGUUAAAACGAACAUCGACAAGGGUCCCAACGGUAUGGUAACCGUUCAAAGCAUGCUGAGAUUCGCUGGAAAAGUACGCUCCAAUGGUAACGAUCUCAUGUCCGGAGAUCGCGGCCAGUACACUUGCUUGUACGAAAACGAAGUCAACAAAGCCAACUCCACUAUGCAUCUAAAGAUCGAACACGAGCCAAUUGUUCUGCACCAGUACAACAAAGUUGCCAACGACAUCAAGGAAACCGCCGAAGUAGUGUGCAAGGUUCAAUCGUAUCCCAAACCGGAGUUUUUGUGGCAAUUCGGAAGUAAUACCGCCCCGUUGAGCAAUAGCGACCACUACGAGAUCGGUUCCUCGUCGGACAGCAACGACGUUUACAUGAGUGUCCUAAAGAUAAGCAACCUACGUCACCAAGAUUACGGAGACUAUCACUGUCGUGUUUCGAAUGCUCUCAACACCAUUCACGUACCAAUCCGUCUGCAACCGAAAGGUCCACCAGAGAAGCCAACCAAACUGAAAGCUGUAGAAUUAGGACCCAACUAUGUAGUUCUAUCGUGGACUCCUGGCUUUGAUGGAGGUCUCGCCAACACCAAGUACUUCGUAUCUUAUCGCAAGAUUGUGAUCCCGAACGAAAGUCUCGUCACCGACGAAUGUGCCGUGGUUUCCGCUAGCGGAGCAGAAUGGAUGGAGUUCGACUGUCAACGCGAAGUACCUUGUUCAAUCACACCCUUAGAUCAUCACCAAAGCUACGUGUUUAAGGUGAAAGCCCUGAACACCAAGGGAGUAUCCGAACAUUCCAACGAAAUCAGUGCCACGACGAAGGUAGAGAAGGUACCCGUUCCGCAGCAGGCUUCAUUCGAUCCGGAAACCCGUAUUCUAGCGCUAAGUGUUGGACCCACUUGUUUGUCGAUGAUCGCCAUUGUGGAGUCUGUGAUUUACGGAGACACACCGAUGGCGGCUUGGCAUAUCAUUGAGACCAUCGAGCUGCAGGUCAACGGACACGAGCCGACGUACAAGGAAAGGAAGAUCGAACAUUUCGUAGCCAACCGGAGGAACAACGGACGAUCACUCGGGAACGGGCUGGAGGAUAUUCCUCUCCCGGCGCUGGAGGAUGAACUAAACCCGAGGGUACGAGUCAAGCUGUGCUUGAAGAUUAAUCACGAAUACUGCGGAGAAUAUGUGGAAGCUGAUAUUGGACCUUCACUUAUUCAGGAGGCUUCUUUUGUAGAACUGCACACGCUAAUCGGUAUCGGUGUAUCGUGCAUUGUGGCGGGUAUUUUCGUCGUUCUUUUGUUGCUGUUCUGUCGCUGCAAGCGAAAGCAAUCGAAGGAAACGGCCAAAGCCAAGGAGUACGACAUUGAUUCCAUUCAUCCUUCGAUUGUGGCCCAGCAGAAUCAAGCUCCGCCACCGUACUAUUCAGCUAGCAGUUUGGAAAAUAAAGCCCUAGAACACUCGAUGGAUUUGGCGAUGGAUCAAAACGCAGCGUUAUACGCUAGUCAGCAGACUUAUGGAUAUCACCAGCAGAACGCAAUGAUGCCGCAGGUUCCGCAGAAUGAUUGGUCCAACAUGGGCUACGUGGAGAAUUCGUACUCCAACUCAAACAACGGCGGCAGUGUAAACUCACAAGAUUCGAUCUGGCAGCUCAAGAUGUCAGCGGCAGCUUCCAACUCGGCGAAUAUGAUCCCACAGCACAAUUAUAUGGACCAGCCACUGCAGCAGAACUACGGUUACGACCCGAUGACGCACGGAGGCUACGGAGCGGUUGAUGAUUAUGCUCCCUAUCCGCAUCUGAUGACCACGGCUAGCCAGCACGGAGGCGAUGAUUAUCACCAUAAUAUGCGUAACAGCCAGAACCCGUCCCGCCAGGACUACUGCAGCGAUCCGUACGCUUCGGUGCAUAAGCCGAAAAAGAGGAUGGAUCAGCAUAUGGAUUUUGUCGCCGAAUCUCCGUACCACGAUGUGAGUGGUCUGCCAGACCCGUACAUGGAGCAGGAUGAAGUCAAAUCGCCCGGUCCCAAUCAGCACCUCUCGAUGAGCUACGAUGACGCCCUGGCCCUGGAAAGUGGCUACUCUACACCGAACUCCCGCAAUCGACGGGUCAUACACGAAAUUGUCGUGUAGACCGUAUCCCCCGACGAACAACGAACAACGAGAAAUAUUUUGAGGACCAAACGCGAGGAACAAGCAACGAAAAAUUUUAAUGCCAACACAUACAACGUACGCAGAAUCUACGCUUUCACGCGCAGAUUCCAUAGUUCAAAAUGACAAACAUAGAAAGAGAGUAGCUAUUGCAAAUAACGUAACAAUAAUGCCGUUAACAGCUGAAACGACAGAGUUUAUACUAUUAAUAGCAAAAAAAACAAUAAAAGUAACGAUCAUCUGGACGGGAGGCUUCAGCCCGAGGGGCUUAUUUGAUCUCAAAUAACUCUUUCUGGGGCAAUCGCUGGAUGGUUUGGCCAAACUGUGAUUGUAAAUAUAUCCUUAAGCCUAUUGGUAGGGUUGGAGCAGCAGCUAUUUGUUUUAGAGUGAAGCUCUGUUUUUAAUUGAAGAAAAAAAGUUAUGAAUAGUACCCGAAUCAAACGUUGCUCAGAAAAAAAUAUAUACAACGCUAUAUAUGUAUUAAAUCGGAUCGAUUGAGAACCCGGUUCUGAGUCAUCGUAUAGAGGAAGUGACUUAAAUGACGACGAAAAUGUAAUCUCAAGAAAGUGUAUGCCGAACCGAAUGUGCCAUUCUUUGUCAUACAAUAUCGAUGAUCGACGCUCACUGGACUGCAUGACAGGAAAGAAUUAAGUGAUUAUUUUAUACGAAGAGUUUUGUACGGAUGGCUCGAAUAUCAACUGAAUGAGAUUAUUUUCAAUCUAAACAGUAGCGCGGAAAUAAAUUUUGUGUACAGCUCCAAGUUGAAUCGUUAAAGUCGAAUAGUAGACGAGUAUUUAGAUAAGCAAAAUGGUUUUAUUAUAAAUAAGGCGAAAUGGUGCCAUUCACAGUUCAUUUCAACCAUCGUCGUGGCCACCGGUAAAAAACCCGGAGCGGGCACAACUUUGACGAUGAUCCAGGUUUGAAACGAAUUAUGAUGAAUCUUCCACCUGAAUCUGCAUACAAAUUGCGUGACACAUGACAAUAAUAAACUUAAGAGGUCAUUUUAAGCAGCUUUUCCCCCUUAGUUUCCAACUCUACGUUUUCCGUUCUUUCCCUUUUUCGAAGCGUACAGAGGCAGUUUCCUUAGUUUGACCGAGUAUAAAAAUUACUACACCGUGGAAGAAGUAAAAUUUGCAUCAAACGCCUUAGAGCUUAUUUAAUUCAUUGCCCGAACUAAAACAAUGAUAGAGAUAGCAGAAGGCGAAACGCAGACCAGGGUCACGCGCGUGAUACGAAACGAACCACAUUGGCGUUCAAAAACAAUCCUGCCCUCAGUGUACGUAACACUCUAAAAGUGCUCACUUUCGUGAGAGAUUAUUAAAAGUAUGUAAAAUGUAAAUUAGUUUUCUUCGUAUAAGACGUGCAAGACGCCUCACCAUCUGUCCUUCUUUCCGAGUCCGUAACUUUUGUUUCCCUCCGUUAGUUUUUAGAAUAGAAACAAGACAUAAAUACACUGGUUUUUAAGUUAGUAAGUUUACCUACACACUCCUCAAUCUUCUAUGGCAGUAGUUAGAAAACAGAGCGAGAACAAAGUUUGGCGAGAAACGAGUAAUUAAAAACUUGUACAUACUGAAUCGAGUGAACGCGAAGUUGAAGUUGAGUUUCAGCUGUGUUUUCUGUAAAAUAGUGAAAGAAAAAUACGCGUUCAUUACAGUUGCAAAAUGUCCCACCUGCCACAUCCACUCUCAGACUGUAAAUACUGGACUAAUCGUUUCGGUUCCCCUUUGCUACAACAUCAGCGCGCAAGCCGGAAAUGGUCGCGGUCAGGCGCAGCAGCAGGAGGCCCUACAAAAUUGCCAACCUCCUUCCGCUGCUGGCGACAACCAACACACGAAACGCAGCCGCCGCGAUAAAACCGAGGGGGUAGAACAAGCUGUUGAUGAAAAUGUCAUCAACUUCUCUCGGCAAUGCGAUAACCAGUUCAGUCCAGUCCGGUCGGAGAUGCUAAAGUUUCAAGCAAUUUCUUAAAACAUUAAUUCAAAGUUUGUUAACGAAAUGAAGUUUUGUUUUCGAGUAAAGCAACGAGAAAAUAAUAGGCAACUACUAGUACUUAGGGGCUACAGCGCGAAGCAGGAGAAAUGGGAAACGUCUCAGUACCAAUUACUGGAAAAAUUCUGGCUCUCUAGCAAGCAGCAAUAGGAGCCAGCCCUAGCAGCAAUAGUGCCUAGAACAAAAAAAUAAUAAUAAUAAUAAUAUGUUUAAUCGGGAGCAGGAAACUUUUCCGCUUUCGCGUUAUUGCUAGAAUGAGUUUCGUGUAAAUAUUGACUGAAAUUAUUUUUACUUUAAGAGGAGCUACUUAAUUUUUAGUUCAUUUUGUAAGUAAUUAGUUAGUUGCUAGCGUAACUUUUUCGAUGAUAACAUAACGAUAAAUUUUAUACAAA